GUCAGCUUUGUUGAAAUUUGUAUUGUUUAUUAAAUUUGUAAUUACUAGUUCUAAUUAUUGAUUGUUAUCUAUAUAUAUAUAUAUAUUAAUUGUGGAUAGUUGAUGUCGCUUUACUUUAAUUUAACAACAGUCAUUUUAAAUAUAACUUAAAGACAAGAUGCCUAAAAAUAUUACCACUGAAGUUCGCGAUAUAAUAUUAAAAGUAAAGGAAUUCAUGGAUGAAGAGAAACGUAUGCAAGUACCGAUAAUACCUCUCAGUAAAGUAUACGUUAGAGUAUCUGCUGCUACAGGUGUUUCUGAACGAACAGUUUUGAAUAUAGUGAAAGAAGCAAGGCUAGUAGAACAAGGUCUUUUAGAUCCUGAAACACUUAAAAAAGCUCCCAAGAAGAGAAUACGAAGCAAGGGAAAAAUAGAUGUAGAUGAAUAUGAUUUGCAAGUCAUUAGGAGAAAGAUUCAUGAGUUUUAUACAUUUAAAAAAGAAGUUCCAACUAUCAAUAAACUUCUGCAAAUUUUAAAAGAGGAAAUAAACUUUAAAGGUUCUCGUGAGACAUUAAGGAAGAUACUGCGUAAAAAUGGUUUUCAAUUUCGCAAAAGGAAAGAUAAUAAAGAAAAAGAACCAAUGCCCGAAGCAACCCCAUCAGUUCCACCAGUGGUCCCUCCAUAUAUUCACACCAUGUUUAGUCACAAAAAUAUUUAGUCAUAGAAUUGUAUUUGGUAUGUGUGGCAAAUAUUUUAGCAACAUUAUCACAUAAGCUACUUUUUCCAUCUUCUUUAUACAUUUUAGUUAUAGAUCUGAUAUCAAUAGUUAAAUGUAGUAACUCGGCUCUAUCAAAUCAAAUCAAUAGUUUUGUUUACUCUCACUUGUACAUUACUUGUACAUUGGUGAAGUGGCUCACAUGUCCUUCAAGGUUGUGGGUUUAUGUAAAACUAAUAAUAUGGAAGUGACUUUAUUAUUUGUCUAUAAAUAUAUAUAGGUACACUUUUUAAUUGUCAAAAUAAUAUUAUGAUAUUUAUAUUUUGAAAUUAUUAAGGUAUUUAUCAAUUUGAAUUUAGAUUUUCCCAUAGCAAAGCUUAGAUCAUAUUAAUGCCUUAAUAUUUUCUUCACAAAGGUAUUAAAAUAUACACAUGUGAGUAUUAUAUAAGUUUAUUGCAGACAUAAUAUAUAUUUUUUUUAAAUAGUCUGAAAUGGACAACUACUCACAUAAAAGUAAUAGUGUUAUGAAUGAUAAUAUGAGGAAUCAGGAACUACAUUUUGAUCCUAACUUCUCUUUGAACUUAUUCUUACAAAUUACUUAUUUAAUUAUAUAUAUUGAUUGAAAAAUUGUAUUAUAUUAGCAACAGCAUCACAUUAAAGUUUUGAAAGGUGCCAUAGCGAGAAAUUACUGGGUUAAUAAGAAUUAUGUGUCCAAGUGUCAUGACUCGGGGUCGUACUAUUAUGAUGCAGCAUAAAUUUUUGGGUUCAAGAACCCUGAGUAAUGGCAGAGUGUAUCACUUACCUUCAGAUGAACUUAUUUCUCAUAAAAAAUCUCAUUGUAUGUUUUAAGUUCUAUCACUAAAGUCUAUGAAAUUUAAUUUGUGGAUGUCAUUAGUUUAAGUCAUAAAGAAUAAUUUAUAAAUCAAGAAUAUAAAAUAACAUUGAUUUUUAGUAUGUGUACUAUAAAAUUGUAGAGACAGUGUGGUCAUGAUACAAGUAUAUCUUCCUAUAAGUGGUACAAGUACCUCUUUCCAGAUACAUUCAGAUUCUAUGAACUCAUAAAUUUAUUUUAUUUUUGUUUUGUAACUUGAUAGUUUUUAAGAGUAGUUUGUGGCUUUGUCAGUGUUUAUUUACUUAACCAAGCCCAAGGCACUUAAAUAUAAGAACAUAGUCAAGUGCAACUCUUGCAAGUAGCUAAUAGGUGGAGCACUUCUCAUCCCUUCUGUAGCAACUCCAAAUAGUAAAUGUAAUUGUAAUUUAAUAGAUUUCCAAUUAUUCCUGCGCUUCUCUGAUAGGCACGUAAUACCUUUUUGGUUUUGCUAACAUAAUAAUAACAUUUUGAUAAUAUAAUGAUAAUAAUUAUUUUAAAUUUAGUUCAUAUACACCUAUAAUAUAAAAAAUUAUUAUUAUGUGUCACUACUCAUACUGUACUGGUAAUAAUAUGGUAUGUUUAUACCAAUGGAAGGCUCCUUUGUACAAUAUGCCCUCUAGAUUAUAGGUACACACAACGGCACCUGUUUCUGCUGCAAGCAGUAAUGUGUAAGCAUAAUUGUGUUUCGGUCUUCUUAUCUUAUGUCUCAAGGUGAAGAGCACAAUUGUAGUUCCGUUCAGAAUUUUUCAAGAAUCCUGAGUGGCACUGUAUUGUAAUGGGUAGGGUGUAUCAAUUACCAUUAGCUGAAUGUCCUGCUCGUCUAGUCCCUUAUCCACUAUUUAUUUUGUAAAUUUCUGGAACGAAAAUAUUUUUUGAAUCUCAUAUUUUAUUUUGUAUAGAUUUCCAGUACGUCACAUUCUAUUUUUAUCUUUUGUGAAUUUAAUUUGUAUAAUAACAGUAUUGUUAUGAUAAUUUAUCAUUUUGUCCCUUGCUGAAGGGCGCCGUAGCUAGUGAAAUUACUGGGCAAACAAGACUUAAGAUCUUAUGUCUCAAGGUGAAGAGCACAAUUGUAGUUCCGCUAAGAAUUUCAGAAUUUUUUCAAGAAUCCUGAGUGGCACUGCAUUGUAAUGGGCAGGUCGUAUCAAUUACCAUCAGCUGAACGUCCAGCUCGUCUAGUCCCUUAUUCACUAUUUAUUUUGUAAAUUUCUGGAACGAAUAAUAUUUUUCUCUGGAUCUGGUCUGUGUAUGUAGAUUUAGUACCUACAGCAAUUUAAAAGCAUGUAACCAGUUUCUCAUAAUUGAUUGGAAUUGGAGUGCUUGAUGGAUCAAUUAAAAUAAAACCACUUAUUAGUGAAAGAAUAGCAAAUUUUCUGUUUAGGUGUAUUGAAUAUUUUCAGAUUUUUUUGUGAAAAUAUUAUAAAAUUUCUCAGGACAAUUUGGAAUCUGAAAAUUUGAAUCUCAUAUUUUAUUUUGUAUAGAUUUCCAGCAUGUAGACACAUUAUAUUUUUAUCUAAUGUGAAUUUAAUUUGUAUAAGAACAUUAAUGUUACGAUAAUUUAUCGUUUUAUAAUUUUGUACCUUGCUAAGGAGCAGUUGUAAAUGUAUUCUUAACAAAUGAAGUAUUAGUUAAAAGAUAUUUUUAGAAAAAUACUUUGUACAGAUCUCUUUUAAUUGUAUAUGUAAGGAUAUUUAAAUAGAUUUUGUAAAGUG